CGGCUGGAAAGGUUGAUAAAAUUGUGGGUUUCCUGUGUAUUGCGGUUUAGGUUGCUGCAUUGUUAAUAAGCGACAGUCAACCACGAGAGAGCAUACUCAAAGCGAUAUGCCGCGGAAGGGUGCGUACCAUAUUGCCAACUCAAGCCCUGAAGAGGGCCUGUCAAUAAGGCAGCACAAGGACUAUUCGUACCCUGCGUGUCUGGCGUCGAUGCUAGCGUUCUUGGCAAUCUGUCUUAUCAUCAUCGCUUGCACCUUUCCAUGGAAAUAUAUGAAAGAGGAACACACAAAUGUUAGAGAGGAUGGGUCUGAAUUUGACAAAUUUGAAGGCAAUCGUUUUCCUUCCCCAAAAACUACUGAUCCGGAUUUUCACGGCAGGAGUGACGACGAUACACAUAAAAGGCAUAAGAGCAAGUCUACUGUGCCUCCACAGCUUGAAACCGUACAACCAACUGUAACGGCAACAGACGUUGAUGAAAAAACCACAACUCUGUCACACCAGAGUUCGGUUGUGCCCACCACCUCCACGGAAAAGCCCGUUGACGAUUAUGUUGAUGUUGCAGAAGAAGGCAGUGCAAAAAUUUCUAAGAAUGAAGAGAUAGCUGAUGCUGUUUCGGAAGCAACAACCUUGGGUGCUGAGACAACAACAGAAGAAAUAAAGAGCAGCAGUAGUUCUGUUGCUGAUAAAACAGAAGCAACUAUAUCAUCUGUCAUAGUUACUGAACCCACAGUGGAACCGAAAGAGCAAGUCCAAACUAGCAAGCAUUCAUCUGUUAGCGCGAGUACAACAAGUUCAACCAUAUUAAGCGCGAGCGCUGUCUCCAGCGCGUCCACGGAGCCAACUUCAAAAAUGCAAGAUGACCAAACGUCAAACUCGGACCAUGACUCCAGGUGCCCAAGCCAACUAUGUAGCACAAUUGCGAGUCGACAGCUCAGCCUGAUGAACGUGGAUGCGAACCCAUGCGACGAUUUCUACGAGUACGCGUGUGGCUCGCUUAGAAUAAGCAGAAAUUUGGCCGAGCCAAAUCCAGACGCACAGGUGAAUGAGAAGCUGAGAAUGGCCAUCAAGAAAGUCGAUAUGCAAAACAGUAGCGUGCCGCUUAAGCACAGGUUUUUCAAAAGCUUCUACCAGGACUGCCUUGAUUACGAAAACGAUUUCAACUACAACAAACGACUUAACAAAGCCAAGACAAUUCUUCAAAGCGUUGGGACAUUUCUAGAAUCCGGUCACGCGGACAGCAUGACUCUCACCGAUCUCGUUGCAAAAAUGCUACAAUAUAACAGCGCGCCUCUUUUCGACAUUUUGCUUGACGUGUCUGAAGCUGGGAGAGAUGCUCCGUUUUCUAUCAAGGUUGUGCCGCCACUGCCACGCAAUUCUUUUUUCUACCCAAACAGUCACUUUAACGGAGGACAUUGUUUUGCCGAUACCGCUCCACCGGAGGAUGAAAAUGUAAAAACGGACACUUUAUACGAAAAAUACGCGGAAUGCAAGAACAAUGAAGGAAGCUACAUUGAUAGUGUUGGAAAAGCGCUGAGGGAGUUUGGAGCUUUUAGCGACGAUCAAGGUAAAGCUGCAGAAUGGGUGACUGCCACAAAAGUUGGGGUGGAGGAGCUUCUGCGUUCAAAAAUACUCACUUCGGCACAAUACACUGAGGCAAACAUUCGAAUCGAUGCAGUCAGCAAAGGCUAUGAAAUGUUUACCAUAAACGAAUUGCAGAACCAAUACUCAAUGUUGAACUGGACCGCCCUGUUGACUAAAGUAGUCGCUGCGAAUAAUUCGACAUUGAUCAAUGACAAAAUAGCAAUUCAAGUUUACUCUAAAAGUUACAUUACUGAACUCUUCAACCAACUUGACAUCAACAGUGGCGAAACGGCCUUGUACAACGCCAUACUGGCAAUGUUUUGGCACAUGCUUUACACCGAUUUCGUCGUCGCAAAGGGAAAUUGCGACCGGCCCAACUUUUGCACGUUCGCUGCGCAACGGUUUAUGGAUGACGCCGCCUCUUCUCUGUAUCUCUCAGAAUUCGAUUCUGCUGCCAUGACCACGAUCCACGCACAGGUGAGAGAAAUGUUCGACAAAGAGACGACUCUGCUGGCAACAAGGAUCAGACACUCUCCACAAAUAAAGGACGAAACAGAGAAAGACAAACUGAUAGAAAAAUUGGAAAACAUGAGAAUUGAGAUUAGUGGUAAUAGAAAACAAACGGCAGAGAUAUACAUUGUGGAGAAAGAUCUGGAAGAGGAUUAUUUCUCUAAGGCAAUUCGUUUGCUUAAGAGACGUCGUCAGAGAAUGUACAGUGACUACCGGGGAAGAAAACCGGAUAAGCCUUCUCAAAUCUGGAGUCACUUUUCACUUCCUACUUUGACCAAUGCGAAUGCAGUUUACGGAUUGAAUGCAGUUUUGGUUCCCCAAGGUCUCAUCGCUAAUAAAUACAUCCAAGGUGCUCCAGAAUACAUUAACAUGGGAAUUUUAGGCACCAUAAUCGCCCAUGAAAUUAUUCAUCACUUCGAUUCAACUGGAAUCGACUACAAUGCAGAUGGAAAAAGGAGCACUGCUGUCACAACACAGAAUGAAAAUAUAUUCCAGGAUCUGACAACACAACUCGAGCAACAGUUUUCAUUCCAAAAAUCAUACAAUCUCGGAAAUGGUCGAUUCGCUGACUUUAAUAUACACUCGGAACUAUCACAAAAUGAAAGGUUUGCUGAUAUUGCUGCGAUCGAUGUUGCUUAUGAGGUCAUUAAAAAGGGGCUAGAACAUGAGAGCGAAGACGAGAGCUACAUGAAUUUGCCUUACGUGAAUUACAAUCAGUCAAAAAGCUUCUUCCUCGCCCACGCGCAGAUGUUUUGCACAAAGAAAGAGUUUCUGGAUUUCAGAGUUAAGCUUUACGAAGGAGAGCAUCUCCCACCUCAAAUUCGCGUUGAUAUGAUCAUGCGAAACUCAAGAUAUUUCCUAAAAACGUUUGCUUGUCCACCAAGGAAAACUCAAAGUUUCCAAGAUAUUCUUCAAAUAGAUGAUUAACUAUAAAAUUGUGUGUGGAAAUGUCGCUUUUUUACUUGUGUUUUACGUUUGUACACUACACGCGCGUAUUUUACUUGCUGAUUGAUUUUUUAUGAAGUAAAACUAAAGAAACUAGU